AUGAUGCAGGCAUCGGUGGAUGGCAUUGCCAGUGCGAAGGGAAAAAUUCAGAAACACGAGAGCAUAAUCGUGGCACUUUGGAGAGACAUCGAGAAGCUGGAAUUAAUGGAGGAUGGAGAGUUUGAGAAGAGGCUAAAUCUCAUGUACAAAUCUCAUGGAAACGGCUACUUUGCAUCCGGCCGGCACAUCACGAUGGAGGAGUCUUCUUCCAGCGAUGACGGCACCGAUGGCAACGACACGACAACACUCAUUGCAACCUUUGCAUCAGAUGACGAUGAAAGUGAUGCUGCCUAUAUCCCCGAACCGGAUAUCAAGUUGGAGGGCAUCUCGGAGGAUGACGGGAGCGAGGUCGAAGACCUUGACAGUGAUGCGGAAGUCAAGCUGGAUCAUACGUCAAAGAACGACGAAAGCGAGACCGAGAAUGAGAGUGCUGAGGCGGAGGCCAAGCUGGAGAAUGGCACGAGCGCGGACGAAGGCGGGUGCUCAGUUUACAUCAAGCCAGAGCCUGAGUAA